AAGGUAGAGAAAUAAAACCAGUUUUAUUGUCACAAAGUGCAGGCAGUUAUAAAAGCUUUACAUACACUCAUAUGAACUUAAGUUAUAACCUCUCUAGCGGAAAGUGAAAGUAAGUUAACGAAAUCGCAGCCAAUUACAAUUUACAAAUCAUUCGUUUAGUUUAUAUCUCGUUUCAAAAAUCUGUUUUAUAAAAUUCACAAUAAAAACUUGGUUGUUAAUAAUAACAAGGCAGCUUUAUGUGUUAUAAGAAUAAAUCAAAAUUUGCAUUGAACUCGCCUGAUACUGCCUACGAAUAUAAAGACACUGUGAUUUCUGAUUACUGUUAAUUUGAAUUGCAAAACAUAGGCACCAUCGGAUUGCGCGAACAAAAAUUACAUAAUCCAUUAUGUUUGACUUUCAAGUUAGAGCACCGGGUAAAAUUAUUUUGCAUGGAGAACAUGCAGUGGUUUAUCAUAAACCUGCUUUGGCUGCUGUUGUAGGCUUGGCUACCACUCUGCGAUUUUCUAUGGAUCAAACCCAAACAUUAAUUUCCGUUCACCUGGAAGCGCUUAAUAAUAACUUCAGCGUGGAGGUGAAAGCGUUUAAUGAAUUUUUGAGCAAAUUUCGAACAAAAUAUCCUACAGAAAAAUCUGACAGCACUGUUCAAUUGCUAGAAGAGGUGCGUGCUGAACUGGCAAAACAACAAGAAGAGCAACUCGAAAACAAUAGCUCAUCCAAAAAACAAAAAAACCAGAAAUCAUUUAUAUCAAUUUACUAUUUGCUGGCAGGAGCUGUACUCUCUUCACCUGCAAAAGACUUCAAAAUAACAAAUGGUUUCACGCUACAUAUAGACACUGAACUCAAUAUAGGAUCGGGUCUGGGUAGUUCCGCAUCAUAUGGCGUGGCGUUGGCAGCAGCUUUCCUUUUGUAUGCUCGGCACUUCGAUUUAUCCAGUUACCGGGAUCCACAAAAUUUGGCUCUGAUAUCUAAUUGGGCUUUUGAAUCGGAACGUAUCGUUCACGGCACGCCAUCAGGGGUCGACAACACUAUCUGCAGUUACGGUGGAAUGUUGCGCUUUGUUAAAGGACAAGGAUUUCAAACGAUUAACAUCUUACGACCUUUAAACAUACUGUUGGUCGACAGCAAAGUGAAACGUAGCACCGCAGAUAUAGUAGCCAAAGUCCGGCACCUUACUGAGACAUUCCCUGAAGUAAUAAACGCUAUCUGGAAUUCACUUGAAGCCUUGGUUACAGAAGCUAUACCAUUGUAUGAAAUAUUUGGUAAUAGCCAAGACGACAGUGAAAAAUUUGAGAAACUGGAAAGGCUAUUCCAAAUCAAUAAUGAUCUGCUGAAAGCAAUUGGUGUUAGCCAUCCUAAGUUAGAGCAAAUUUUCAGUAUUGCUUACAAACGAGGAUUCUUUAGUAAAGUAACCGGUGCGGGAGCAGGUGGCUAUGUUAUAGUCCUGUUGCCCGAUAAUUAUGCUAAAAAUGAAGUAUAUUGGAAGUUAAAGGAAGAGUUGGAAGCAGCUGGUUUCGGAGUGCACUCAACUACAGCUGGUGGGGAUGGUUUAUCCAUAGAAAAAUUGUAAAACACAUUAUUUCGGACACUACAAAUUAUCUCACUUAGUUUUUAUAAACAUAAGAUUUUUAUAAUGAUAAAC